ACUCAGGGAGAGCUCUGGUGAUGGGGAUUAUACUGCGGUGUGGUGGAGGUGGUUUUUGUAAAGUGCUGCUGGUCCGACUGACAGCUCGAUGAUCGCGCUGUGGAGGUUUGGCUGAGGAGCUGUGCGCAGCAUGGGCACCGGGGAUUACAUCUGCGUAACGCUGCGUGGUGGUGCACCCUGGGGAUUCACCCUGCGAGAGGGAGAGGGGGACACCUACAGACCUUUCUUAGUCUCCCAGGUAGAAGAAGGUGGUCGUGCCUUCCUGGCUGGAGUGCGGGACGGUGACGAGGUGGUGUCACUCAACGGAGAGCCAUGUGCUGAUCUCACCCUUUUACGAGCCUUUGCCCUCAUCAACACAUCGAUCGACUGUCUGCAGCUGCUUGUCAAAAGAUACUGCACCAUCCCCUCAGAAGACUAUGAAUCAGAAGCAACAUACUGUGGUGAGAGGGACUCUUCUGGUGAGGCUUUAGAGAGCACCACCCUCCACAUCUUCUCCCCAAAGCACAGGUCCCAAAGCCCAAGGGUACUCCACAUAUCUGAAUCCCAGGACGAGGCCUACUAUGGGGAGUUGGACAGCGACACAGAGAUCUCCAAGGGACCCCAGCUGCUUUGCACUCAGCUACAUGCUCCCUCAUCUGGUGAUCGGAGUGGCCGGGAGCCUGUUUUUAAGGAAAAUGAUGAAGUACGGCGGUGCUUCUCCCCUGGGGACAUGGUCGAGCUCCAGGUGUCCCUGUCUGAGCAAACCUUGGACGAUGUGGGCUGCACCUCUCUUGGGAGUGCUCUUGGGAUCCAGGGUGAACUCUCAAACAGAGAGGCUGUUGAGACGAUCCACACCACCACCACGUCGCACUAUGUGCCAUGCUCUGUCAGAGAGCCGCUCGGCCAGCAUGGAGUCGUGCUCAGCUCCCCUUCGAUGCUGGGGCAGGUGGAGGUCAUUUUGCAGCAGCCAGAAGCAUCAGGAGCAGGGAGGGGCAUCCUGAGUGUGGGUGGCCCCAGGGUCAGUGGAAGUGUUGGAUCCCAAAGCGAAGGAGAAGAAGGAGGAGGGCAUUGCGAAGGAGUUCCUGAGUCUUUUACUGUCUCAUUUGGAAUUCCCUCAGAAGAUUCAACACCAGCAGAAGAGCAGGACUCUGAUUCUGAGGGGGGUCAAGACAAACCCAACAAGCACCGGGCAAGACACGCCAGGCUCAGGCGUAGCGAGAGUCUGUCUGAGAAGCAGGUGAAGGAGGCCAAGUCCAAAUGUAAACGUAUUGCUCUUCUUCUUACGGCUGCUCCGCCCAACCCCAACAACAAGGGGGUGUUGAUGUUCAAGAAACAUCGGCAGAGGGCCAAGAAAUACACACUUGUGAGCUACGGCACAGGAGAAGACGAACCAGAGUACAGUGAGGAAGAGGACGAGGAAAACGAAGACGACAAACAAGAAACCCACACUGUUGAAUUUACCCUUGUGGCUCCUAACGAAUCUGAAACAGACAAGCACUUCCUCACUAAUGCCCAUAGUAGCAAAGGUGUGCUAACUAUCAACUGGGACAGGGGUCUCCUUGAGAUUGAAAGGAACCUGAACAACCAAGCAGAGAUGGAAUGUUUGCCUGAAACCAAGGGCAAGGGUGCCCUAAUGUUUGCCCAACGGCGUCAAAGGAUGGAUGAGAUUUCUGCUGAACAUGAGGAGCUUAGGCGCCAUGGGAUUCCAGUGGAAGGAGUGCCAGAGGCUGAAAAGAAGAUAGCGGAACACUCCUACAUGCAGUCCACAACAGAAGGCCAUGCUUACAUGGAUGUAAAUAUACACCAACAAAGCCAACAGCAACAACAGUACCAGCAAUAUCAGGAGCAGCAGUACUGUGAUCAACAACAGAACUACCAAAAACAACAACAACAACAACAACAAUACCAACAACAGUAUCAGCAGCAACAGUAUGAACAACAGCAUUAUCAACAACAGCAAAUGUAUCAGCAGCAGCAAGAAUAUCAUCAAGAGCAACAGCAAAUGCAGCACUAUUCUACAAACAUCAAUGGCACAGUCCAACAUCAAACUAGUGAAAUGCAGAGUUCCUUCAGCAAUCGUACUGCAAAGCCUUUCUCGGUAGAAAACAUGGCGGCCACCCCUUAUUCUCCCGCAAUGAGUGGGACCAAUCAAGAUUCUGUGGGCCAAGGAGAGCAGAUAGCUUCCCGAGAUGAGCGCAUUUCUACCCCUGCAAUUAAGACUGGGCUUUUGUUGGAUGCAAGAAGAAGAAAUACUGGCAAGCCUAUGUUCACGUUUAAGGAAGCACCAAAAGUAUCACCUAACCCAGUAUUGCUAAACCUCCUCAACAGGAGUGAUAAGAAGUUGGGUUUUGAGUCAGGACCUGAGGAAGACUACCUUAGCCUUGGGGCUGAGGCUUGUAAUUUCCUCCAGUCUCAACGAGUUAAACACAAGACUCCUCCACCAGUGGCUCCAAAGCCUGUGAUCAACCCCAACUCUCCUCCUUGGUCCCCACAGAUAGAAGUAACCAACCAGGACAUGCCUCAACAAGCUGAAAAUAGUGUAGCCACACCUGCUGUAGCCCCCACCACAGAGACUACCCCUGCUCCAGAACUAGAGCCAACACCUGCACCUGCCCCUAAGCCCUCUCCCCCUCCUGCCUCCCAGGAGGCUCCUGCCAACACCACUGCAGAGGAACAGCACACAUGGAUUCUCCCGGAGUCUGAAUCCCAACAGCCUCUGCAAAUGACAGCUCAGGAGGAAAAUUGUCAUAUGAAUUCUACCCUGCAGCCUGAGCCUGCUCCUAGCUGGGCAGCAGCACAAACACAAGCACAACAACAGCCAUCUACCAAUUCUUGGCAUCCAGCUCAAGUGCAGCCCCAGGAACCACCUCCAAAUCAGUCGCCAUCACAGCCACCUUGGGUGACACGUCAACCUACUCAGACCCAAGCACAGCCUCAACCCACCACAAAUACUUGGACUCCUCAAAUUCAGCCAUCCUGGAGUCAGCCUCAAGAGCAAGCACAGUCUCAGCCGCAUGUUCAGCCACCCUGGACGCACUCUCAUGAGCAGCCAAAUCUGCAGCAAAUGCAACCAACUUGGGGUCAACCUCGAGAACCAAUGCAACAGCAGCCCCAGGCCGCAUGGGCACAGCCAUCACAAACAGACUCUCAGCAUCAACCACUAUGGGUGAAACAACCUCAGCAAAAAUCCCAAGCACAACCUUCUUGGAUUCAACAGGUUCAGCCAGAAUCCCAGACACAGCCACCAUGGGUUCAACAACAACCAUGGCCACAAGCCCAAGCACCAGGUCAGUCUCAACCACCUUGGGUCUCAGCUCAACCUCAACAGCAACAGCAACCUUCAAUUAAUGUAUGGCCCCCAUCACCAAAUCAAGCCCAAGUUCAGCCACCUUGGAUCCAAGCAACCCAAGCACAACUUCCAGCGCAGCCCCAAGCCAAUUUGAAUCCAUGGGCACCAGUACCUGCCCAGGCUCAGUCCCAACCAUCAUGGGCCCAGCACCCUUCAGAACAUGGUCAGCACCCCAUGAAUUCUUGGGCCCACGAGCAAAAUCAGGCCCAACAUCAACCACCUUGGGCUCAACCAGUUCCACCUCAGCCCACACCACAGCCAAUUUGGCAACAGUCCAAUUCAAAGACUCCACCACAGCCACCAAUGAAUACAUGGCCUUCAGCACAGACACCUGAAAAUGCCUGGGCACCACAGUCACAGCAAACACCUGUGAAUGUUUCCGCGUCAAUGGUGAACACCUCUCCAAAACCUUGGCAUCCACCUCAAAAUGCCCCACAAAACCGGACCCCUCCACCUCCUCCACAGCGAAUGCACUCUUUUACCAUCGGUCAAAGAGCUUCAUCACCUAUCAACCCACUGGCCACUGUCUUAAUCCCAUCAUCCCCAGGUUCAGCUUUUGAGAUGCCAGCCGUCAGAGGGAAAGGAGCUGAUAUGUUUGCCAAAAGGCAGUCUCGUAUGGAAAAGUUUGUUGUGGACUCUCAGACUGUGCAAGCAAACAAGGCAAGCCGGUCAACAUCGCCAGUUGCUUCCUUACCAAAUGAGUGGAAAUACACACCCAACGCACUUGGCAGGAGCUACUCCCUUUCCCCACCAACCAGAGUACCAUCCACAGGCCAGAAGUCAGCUUCGGCUUCUUCUUCCCCAAAGCCUCCGGCUCGAGCCUCCACAACUCCCCCAGCAAGGCAGACAUCCUGGCUGGAGAAGGGCCACAAACCCCUGACACCCUGGGAGGCCGCCUCCCGGCAUCCCCUGGGCCUAGUGGAUGAAGCCUUUGCAUUCCAGAACCUCCAGCAAACCCUCGCCUCAAACGUCCGCUUGGCAGCUCAGCGCAAAAUGCUGCCCGAGCCGCCAACAGAGUGGAAGGCCAGGGUUUCUUACCAAGCCCAGCAGAAAACAGGCAGCCAGACUUGGAGCCAGAGCCAAAGUCGCAGUCAGAGACGAGCUCCGCUACCAUCAUUUGUCUCCCCAACAAGGAGCACUGUCUCCACCCCUGCCUGUCAUGCUGGUUACAGGUCUCUGCCCAGACAGUGGCAGCCUCAGAGGCCUGUGGCAGAUGCAAACCUGGGGCCCUCAGUGUCCUACUCUGAGUAUAAGAUGCCCUUGGGAAAACAAACUUACAAGUCUGUGUACACCAGCAACACUUGGAGUUGGAAGCGGUAGGGUACAGCUCAACCUGUGUGACCUUAAAUGAGUAAAAUCCCAAGUUUCACUGAUUCCAUAACACAUUCACGUGCAGUUAGAGCAUUUCCCUUUUUAAUUCAUCAAUAUAUAAACAAACAACGAUAUGAUGAGUGAGCUAAUAUAUAAUGAAGUGGACAUUUGGAAAGAUUGUUUUUUACUGGUUUGACUGGUUUUGACAUGCUAAUAUCAUUUUUUUAAUGCUUUCUACUUUUUGCUGUUAAAUCUUUAGUAUAAAAUAUUUUAGAUGAAAUCUUUGCAUGCCAUAAUCAAAAAGAGAUGAUCACUCUAACUAUGUAUGGAGACUUAAAAAUUAUUUCAGUAACAUUUAACUGACAACUUUGUAGCUUGGUUAAUACACUGAAGUGGGCUUGUAGUUCAUCAGAUGAAAUAAUGAGUAUGUUGUUCAGAAUGGAUAUAAUGAGUGUGAAUGGACAUGCAUAGUACAAAAUAAGUUGAAAGACUUGAUAUAGUAGCAGUAUAUCUGGAGAUAACUGUAACUCUUGACCGUUCGGUGAACCUUUCAGAAUAUACAAAAUAGGUAACUAUGGUGUCCUGAGAAAAGAUAUAUGUGAGGAUGCUAAGAGAGAGAAAGAAACAGUGACCUACCCAUCCUAUAGUAAGUUGGAAGUGAAGAUUCUCUUUUGAAUUGUUUUCAGCUUGGGGAUGGAUUUCCUGUGCAUGCUGGUUUAAUUUUCUGCUGCGGAUGUACGUAUCUAGCAUGCUGGUUCUUGCAGUGAUUGUGCACUUUUUUAUGGUUUUUUUUAAUUUUCAAUCCAUGAAACUUGAGGGUGCUGUUUUCAGAUCAGGAAAUCAUUUCACUGUCAGAUAUACAAUCAGUGAUGCAUUAGAAGGCUUAAAACUUGGGGAAAGGUUAGUGCUGUAACUCAGCAUGUUGUGGGCGGACAUGUGGUUAUGUAAGAUCUAAUAAGUGAGAUUAAUUCACUCAUUUACCUGGUGCAUUUUAAUUAUUACUAAUACUAAUUAAUCUACUCAGAGAUGGAAGAUGAGAAGCCGGGGCAUGCUUUCUACAGACAGUUUUCCAAGACUUUUUUUCUUUGGGCACCUAGAAAAACAAAUGAAUUGUCACAUUCCAGCUCAAAGUGUAUGAAAAAAUGUGAUGCAGUAUGAAGGAGGACAAUGGAGUUUUAGUUGGGAGCAUAAGUUGAAUUGAGGAAUGUAGAUGAGUCCUAAUUAUCACAACAAAAAAGAUUGUUUUAGUUUAUGAUAGGUUUUGCUGGCACUGGGAGAAUUGCUUACAGUAUGUAAUGGGUUUGUGGCUUUUGUUAGGUUUGGGAUUUUGCUAUAGACUUGUAAUCAUCUCCAAAGAUUAAAGCUAGGUUGAUGUUUCCCCAGAGUGUACAUAAUGUCCUAAUGUGAUUCUCACCAAGCAGUCUCAUAAACAUAAAUAAGAUUUAUCACACAGCAUUGUGUUGUGUCUCAACUGAUUCACUGAACAUCCUGACAUACUAUAGUGUAUCUGUGAUAAUUACACUGUAUUGCUUCCAUUCAAACAUAUUAUGGUCAUAAUACAAGACCAGUAAUCAAUUUCUGUUCCAAAGUAAUUCAGAUAUGGAUUCACAUAAAGCAUUUUACAAAAUAAAUACAACCAAAUAGCA